GAAUGUGUUACCACCUCUGCUAUUCUUACCUGGUUUACCGAAAGUGUUUUUUCAUUAAGAGGAAGUUCAUUGCUGCAAUGUAGCGAGUGGAGGAUGGGGUGACCGGUGGGCGGAGUCCUUUCAUCUGCAACCUCAAUAUUCAAAUAAGUAGCAUAUUAACAUACAACCAAGUCUGAUGAUAUGUUGCAGAGGGGAUACUAAAAAGGAUGGUGCUGCUACCCUUCUCUCGUGUCCCUGACAUUACGAACCUUACAAAUUAAUUACCUGGGAAGCAGUUUAGGAUUGUAUCCAUAAGACUUUUUCAAAGACCAUGGCGGGGAAUCCCAACUCCAGACCUGUAAUAACCACCAGCAGUACCUCUUACUGGGAGUUCAGGAAUUCAAGCACAGAAGGGACUCAGUGGUACGACAAACAGUUCAUGCAGAACAUGCCCAAGUACCUCAUCGUUGUUGAAGUUAUUUUGGGGCUCUUGGUGUGGACUCUGAUCGCAAGCACACGGUAUUUUCGGUUUUCUGAAUUUGGAUGGGUGAUGUUUGUGUCUGUCUUCUGUUGGCUUCUCACGCUCUUCCUCCUCAUCAUCAGCUUGACCAAUAGGCAAAUCCAACAUGAGUCCUGGACAACAGUGGUUCUUGUUUUUAACUGUAGUGCGGCUUUACUGUACAUGUCGGCUGCUAUUGUUGAGGCAACAAUGAUAGAUCAUGAUGCCAAAGGUCAUCAUGAUUACAACUGCUGGGCAGCUUCAACGUUUUUUGCAUUCCUCAUUUCUCUGAGUUAUGCUGGUAGUGCAUUCUUCAGUUUCAAAUCCUGGCAGAGCAGAGAUGAAUAAAGCUGGUUAAAGUUUGGUUACUUUAAAAAUAUGGCUCGAUAAAUGUUUAAGAUUAUUGAUUUGUCUUUUAUUAAAACUGAAGAAAUGAACAUGUUUGCUUUUGUACUUUUCUGCUUUGUAUUGCUUUUGUAAAAUGUUUAAUGUAAUCUAAUACUAGUCUUGCACAAAGUACAUCACAGUGUAUUUUAAUACAUACAAAUCUUGAUUAAAUGGAGUUUUUAGGCUUAUUUACAAGUUGUGAAUAAACAGACAUUGAAUAUUUCACAUUGUGCAUUGAAGCUGUUUAAUGUAAAUCCUUAUUUGCAUUUUUUUAUGUAUUGGAAAUGCUCCUGAUAUUAGGACUGUAACUUGACAUAUAUAGAAUUGUUUUGAAAGUUUUAUGGUAUUUUAAGAAGAAUAAACGUGCAAUGAUUUUUACAUUUAUGUUUCAAUGCUUCGGGACACCUG